AUGAAAUCCUUAAAUUCGGAAAAGUUGAUGUAUUUACGUGAUAUUCUUGGUUUGCUUGAGUUGAUUUAUUUCUUCAUGUUUGAUUUAGCUGAAUUCGGAAAAGUUAUUGUUGUUGGACUCGACAUUCACGGUAAGGAUGGGAAGCUAAUUCCAGUGGCUGUGAACGAAGGCGAUACUGUUCUUUUGCCAGAGUAUGGGGGAACUGAGGUGAAGCUUGACAACAAAGAGGUUGUGUUUUGUUGUGGUGUGGUGUGGUGGUGCUGGAGUUUCACAAAAAUGUUGUCAUCAGGAUUGGACCUGGAGUACUGGUUAGUGAACCACCCUACCAUAAGAAACUUCUCAUGGACACCAGGUAAAACCCUUGGCUCCUCACCACACUUCCUCUUCUUCACCAUUCUCUCUUACCUUUUCUCCACCUUCAUUCUGCCCCAGAGGAUCAUAUCCCCAUCCAUAUCCCCACAAUUCCUCAAAACCAUCUCAGCUCUCCACAACAUCUCCCUCCUCCUCCUCUCCUUCAUCAUGGCCCUAGGCUGCCUCCUCUCCACCCUCUACCAAGCACCUCACCUCCACUGGAUCAUCUGCUUCCCUCCCCACACCAAGCCCACCGGGCCUCUCUUCUUCUGGGCCUACAUCUUCUACCUCUCCAAGAUCCUCGAGUUCGUCGACACCCUCCUCAUCAUCCUCAGCAACUCCAUCCAACGCCUCACCUUCCUCCACGUGUACCACCACUCCACCGUCGUCAUCAUGUGCUACAUCUGGCUACAAACUUCCCAGACCCUCUUCCCCGCCGUCCUCUUCACCAACGCCUCCGUGCAUGUCCUAAUGUACGCAUACUACUUAUCCUGCGCACUCGGGGUGCGUCCCAGAUGGAAGAAGAUCGUCACCAACGUUCAGAUCUUGCAGUUCUACUCCAGCUUCGUCGUUUUGGGUGUCAUGCUCUACUACCACUUCACCGGCUCUGGCUGCUCCGGCGUUUGGGGUUGGACCUUCAACGUCGUUUUCUAUGCCUCUCUUCUCGUUUUGUUCGUAGACUUUCACAAGAAGAGUUAUGGUGCAUCCUCCAGCAAGAAUAAACUCGGUGUUAAGCCUUCCAAGCCCUUGUUUUGUUCCAAUCACACUCAAAAUUGA